AUGCCGACGCCGCUGGCGCGCUUGGCGUGCCCACAGCCGCGCAAUUUCUGGCGCAGUGCGCUAUGCAGGUCACCAGACGGCACGCUUUUCCUUGCUCGCGCCGAGUCGCAUACGCUGUACGUGUUCCGUGCAGAGCCAUGGGCCACGUUGCAGUACACGUUCCAAGCGCCGAGUCCCGUCCUCGAUGUGUGUUGGUACAUGUACCCUGCGAUAUCCGACGACAAUGUCGUGCAUUGGUGUUUUGCAGUGAGCUGCCGUGAUAUGCCGGUACGCCUGGUGGAUGCUGUAGAUGGCACGACCAAGGCAUCGUUUGGUAUUGUAAAUCAUGUCGAAUCUUUUCUCGCACCGCAAGCGCUGGCAUUUAGCAGCGAUUGUGUACGACUUUUUGGCGGCUUGUCUGAAGCGUGCACCGUGCAUAGUCUCGCCGACGCAGGCACGAAUCGGCACGCCGCCCUUGCACUCGCGGCGUCUCAGCAUGGGCUUGUUUCGGCGCUCGCGGUGGGGCGCGCGCCGCACGACCUCGAGGAGGAGAACGGGGCGCCGCUGGAAAUUACGGCGGUCGGCACGUAUGCCAAUGUGGUGGGCAUCUACGUCACGGAUGCAUCCUGGCUGCACAGUGCUGCAGAGCGAGACGAAGCGGGGCGCCACGGUGCAAAAGAAAUCGUACAGGGCGGCGCACUAUGCCUUGCAGGAUGGCGCGUUAAUGAAGGACAUGGCAUCGUGCAGAUGCAGUGGCACCCAAAGCACCGCCAUAUCCUCGUAGUCGGUAUGCGCCGCGCUUCGUACGUGUACGUGUACAAUACAAGCUAUUUGAGCGGCACAGGCACGCCAUUCCAGCGUGCGCCGGCGCUGCUAGCGCGACUGGAGCGCCCGUGCGCAAAUUCGCACCAGCGCCUCUUAUUUGAUAUCGACGCCGAGGGCCGAUUUCUUGUCGCUGGCGACGCGCGUGGUACUAUACGCAUAUGGGAUCUCGAAUACGUGCUCCGUGCAGAUACCGACGUACCGAGUCCGUUGCUCGCAUGGAACGCGCAUACUGACGCGAUUGGAAGUACACAAUUCUGCCCACAAAAGCCACAAUGCGUGCUCAGCGUAGCUGGAGCGCGGCAUUGGGAUACGACAACACAAGGGCCCUUGCCGACGGAUACAGACGCAGUGCUCUGGCAGUGGCCAAGGCCUGCAGAUACCCACUAG